AUGGCCAACCAAGAAGACGUAGACUCUGAGGAGACACUCGGAUCUAAGAAAUUAGGUGGCAGAGAAAAUCAAGACAUUGAGCUGGGAGAAGCAACAAUGGACCAAAAGACUUAUGACCCCAACAUCGUUGACUGGGACGGCCCUGAUGAUCCUGAAAACCCUCUGAAUUGGUCGGGACUCAAGAAGGGCCUUCACAUCGCCUAUGUUAGCCUCUUCGUCCUCUACGCAAACCUAGCAGCGACCAUGUUUGCUCCUGGGGCAUCGGCACUAGCCAAGGAGUUCCACAUCACCAACUCCACAGUAGCCACAUUCACCGUCAGCAUCUAUGUCCUCGGCUUCAUGAUUGGACCCCUAUCUCUCGCGCCUCUCUCCGAACUAUACGGCCGACUGCCCAUAUACCACGUCUGCAACUUCUUUUACAUCGCUUUCACCCUCGGUUGCGCCCUUAGUAAGAAUGUUGGGAUGUUUCUUGCCUUUAGAUUUCUCGCCGGCUGCUCGUCGGCUGGCCCCUUGACAAUAGGGGGUGGUACAAUAGCCGACAUGACUACACAGGAUAAGCGAGGCAAGGCUAUGGCGAGUUUCCUCUUAGGACCGCUUCUAGGACCCACAAUAGGACCUAUCAUCGGUGGUUUCGUGUCCCAGUACAUCGGUUGGCGUUGGACAUUCCGGAUCAUCCUGAUCUUAUCCGGUAGUCUCAGUCUCGUCUCCCUCCUCUUCCUAAGGGAAACAAACGCCACCAUCAUCCUCAAGAGAAAAACAGAGCGUCUCCGGAAGGAAACCGGAAACACCAAACUAACAUCCAAACUCGAAUCCAACCUAUCGCCCCGAGUACUACUAACCCACUCCAUCGUCCGCCCAAUAAAAAUGAUUCUCUUCUCCCCCAUAACCCUCCUCCUAUCCCUCUACACCGGCGUCCUCUUCGGCCUCGUAUUCCUGCUCUUCACCACCUUCCCCAGCAUAUUCGAAGGCCAAUACGGCUUCAGCCCCGGGUCCUCCGGGCUCGCCUACCUCGGUCUCGGCAUCGGCAUCAUCUGCGGGCUCGCGCUGUUCACCCUCCUAAGCGACAAACUCCUCGGCCACGCCGCAGGAGACAGCAAGCCAGCGAAGCCCGAAAAGAGGCUUAUCCUCAUGAAGUGGUUCGCGCCCAUCACCUCCCUCGGCGUCUUCCUCUACGGCUGGAGCGCGUACUACAAACUCCACUGGAUCGUCCCCGAGAUCGGCACCUUCGUCGUCGGCCUCGGCUCCCUCUUCGUCAUGCUCCCGGCCCAGGCGUAUCUCGUGGAUGCCUUCGGCGCACAGGCUGCGGCGUCGGCGCUCGCGGCGAAUGUCAUUAUCCGGAGCCCGUUUGGCGCGUUUUUGACUUUUGCGGCGCCCCCGUUGUAUAGCAAUUUGGGGCUCGGUUGGGGGAAUACGGUGUUGGGGUUUGUGUGCUUUGCGUUUACGCCCGUGCCGUGGCUGUUUUUUCGGUAUGGGGAGUUUUUGAGGACUAGGUUUGCUGUUGAGUUGUGAUGUUGUAUUAUGUAUGUUGGGUAUAGAGAUAUGUGUACAUUUUCGGGUCGUGUUACAUAUUGUUGUAAUUUAAUUC